AUGUCAUUAAAUCCAGAAACAUUUACAGAGAAAACCAAUUCAAUUCUACUUGCUAGUCAGGAGUUGGCAAGAGAAAAAUGUAAUACUCAAUUGACACCAGCACAUUUGUUACAGGCAUUGUUGAGUGAUGAAGAUCAUUUGGCAACUACCAUCUUCGAAAAAGCAGGUGGAGAUAUUAACAAGAUUGAAAAUGGAACAAAGAGAUUAUUACAAACAUUACCAGUACAAAGACCACCACCUCAGGAUAUUUCACCAAAUAGUUCAAUGAUAAAUGUAUUGAGAACAGCUGCCAAGAAUCAAAAGAACAAUGGAGAUUCUCAUCUUGCUGUGGAUCAUUUGAUUCUCGGUUUGCUCGAAGAUCCAUCAGUGUUAUCGGUUCUCGGUGAUGGAGGUGCCAGAAAAGAUCAAGUUCAAGCAGCCGUCAAAGAGGUAAGAGGUAAUAAGAAGAUUACUUCUGCCACUGCAGAGUCGACCUACGAAGCGUUGUCAAAGUACGGUCACGAUCUGGUUGCCGAUGCCGCCACCGGAAAGUUGGAUCCAGUCAUCGGUAGAGACGACGAGAUUCGUCGUGUCAUUCGUGUGCUCUCGAGAAGAACCAAGAACAAUCCAGUGUUGAUCGGUGAGCCUGGUGUAGGAAAGACUGCCGUCGUAGAGGGUCUGGCUCAGCGUAUCGUUCACGGUGACAUUCCCGACAAUUUGAAUUGCAAAGUUAUAGCGCUGGAUAUGGGUGCGUUGAUUGCCGGUGCCAAGUAUCGUGGUGAGUUCGAGGAGCGUCUCAAGGCGGUGCUCAAAGACGUCAAGGAGUCGAAUGGUGGUAUCAUCUUGUUCAUCGAUGAAAUCCACUUGGUGCUCGGUGCCGGUAAGACUGACGGUGCUAUGGAUGCCGCCAAUCUCUUGAAGCCGAUGUUGGCGCGUGGUGAACUACGUUGUAUCGGUGCCACUACUCUCGAUGAAUACAGAAAGUAUGUCGAAAAGGAUCCAGCAUUCGAACGUCGUUUCCAACAGGUCAUGGUAAGCGAACCGUCGGUUAGCGACACCAUUUCCAUCCUCAGAGGUUUGAAGGAGCGUUACGAAGCUCAUCAUGGUGUGAGAAUCACUGACAACUCGUUGGUUGUCGCUGCACAAUUAUCUCACAGAUACAUCACCAACCGUUUCCUCCCGGAUAAAGCUAUUGACUUGCUCGACGAAGCCUGUGCCAACAUCAGAGUGCAAUUGAAUUCUCAGCCAGAAGCAAUCGACCAGCUCGAAAGAAGAAAGUUGCAGCUGGAGGUAGAGAAGACCGCCCUCGAGAAGGAGGAGGACGACCAAUCGAAACACCGUCUGGAAGACGUCAAAGAAGAGUUGGCCAAGAUCCAAGACGAGUUGACACCUCUGCAAGCCAUCUACCAGAAGGAAAGAUCAAGAGUCGACAAGAUCCGUGACCUCAGAAAGAAGUUGGAAGACGUCAAGGUCAAGCUGGCCGACGCCGAGAGACGUUACGAUCUCCAACUGGUAGCCGAUUUGAAAUACUAUGUAAUUCCAGACCUCGAGAAACAAAUAGAGAAUUGUAACAUCGAAAGAAAAGACGCCAAGAAAGAUUCACUCGUCAGUGAAACCGUUACUUCUGAGCAAAUCGCAGAGGUAGUCUCCAGAUGGACUGGUAUCCCCGUGACCAAGUUAUCACAAACCGAGAAACAACGUACUCUCUCACUUGGAAAGCAUCUUCACGAGCGUGUAGUUGGUCAAGAUGAAGCUGUCGAUGCCGUUGCCGAUGCCGUCUUGAGAUCGAGAGCCGGUCUCGCCAGAUUGAACCAACCACUGGGUUCGUUCCUCUUCCUCGGUCCAACUGGUGUUGGUAAGACUGAACUCGCCAAAGCGCUGGCAGUCGAGCUGUUCGAUGACGAAAAACAUAUGAUUCGUAUCGAUAUGUCAGAGUACAUGGAGCAACACGCAGUUGCACGUCUCAUCGGUGCUCCACCAGGUUACGUCGGUUACGAUCAAGGUGGUCAACUCACAGAAGCCGUUCGUAGAAAGCCAUACAGUGUUGUACUAUUUGAUGAAGUCGAGAAAGCACAUCCACAAGUGUGGAAUGUUCUCUUGCAGGUUCUCGACGACGGUCGUCUCACCGACGGCCAAGGUAGAACGAUCGACUUUAGCAAUGUGGUGAUCAUCUUGACAAGUAACCUCGGUUCACAAUAUCUGCUGGCAGAGUCGAAUGCAGAGAUCUUCAACACCGGUCUCUCGCAGCACGUCAAAGACCAGGUGAUCAACGAAGUCAGAAAGCACUUCCGUCCGGAGUUCUUGAAUCGUCUCGAUGACAUCGUCGUGUUCAGUCCACUUACCAAAGCCAAUUUGGAGAGUAUCAUCACCUUGCAACUCAGAUCGGUCACCAAGCGUCUCGAGUCACAAAAUAUCUCUGUCAACGUGUCAAAGCCUGCAAUGGAUUCCAUUCUCAAGAGCGCCUACGAUCCAUCUUAUGGUGCACGUCCACUCAAGAGAUACUUGGAGAAACACAUCGUCACAGAGCUUAGCAAACUUAUUCUUGCUGGUGAUCUAAAAGAGAAUUCACAUGUAGAUAUCGAUCAAAAGGAUAACAAGUUAUCUUUCGAUGUAUCUAAUGGUCCAUCAUCGACCAAAAAAGUUAAAAACCCACAAAUAAAAUAA